AUGAGGACAUGUAAAAACUUGGACAAGCGCCCGCCCGGCCGGAGCAGCGCUCUCUUCACGUGGGCACACGAGCCACUGCAGCCAGAGAACCCUGACCAAGACUGCCACGGCUCGCCCAACAUCUCCCUUGAUCUCGACCCUGUCCGUCCGUCAUUCUGUCUGUCUGUCUGUCUGCCUGUCCGUCCGUCCACCCAUCCACCCCAUCCCACCUACUCACCCUCACCCAUCCGCCCAUCUCUCCCUGCCUGCACCCCGUCCGCCUCGCUGCUGGUGCUGGUGCUCGUGCUGGUACUCCCGCUCUCGCUCUCGCUGUCGCUGUUGCUGUCGCUGCUGGUGCUGCCGCUGCCGCCGUUGCUGCUGUUGCUGCCACCGCCCUCUUGUCGCCCUCUUGUCGCUGCGCCGCGCCGCGCCUCGCCUCGCCUCGCUUCACUUAACCUCUUCUCUCCUCACCUUCGCCUGUCCAAGCUGCCUCAGGCCCAUCACCUCCCUCCCCGCUCGCUUCUGCCGCCGCCGUUUCCGCAUCCACCCUGCGGCACACGCCACGCUUCCGCCUCGUAA